CUGCUUCUGGCCAACCUCCAGGGGCCUUGCAGCCGCGAAGCGCGGCUGUCAUCAGCAACUCCGACACACAUAAUCGAGAUGGGCUCCUCAGAGCGGCGUGUGGCAGCCCUGCUUGCUCACCUGGCCGUCCAGGAGCAGGAUGAGGAGCAGCUGGAGCGCAACCCCACCAGCGCCGCCGCCCCCUGCCCCAAGGCGAUGGCCGACUUUUUGACGCGCGACAACAAGGAGCUGCGCGCCGCCAUCUUUGACUUCCUGCGGGACCCGCUGUAUGCGCCCAACUACCACCUCUCCAUGGCCGGCUUCCGGGAGCUGACCAGCCAGCGCAUGGCCAAGUUUGUGGGGCAGCGCUUCUUCUCUGUCUUUGACUACACCCGCGACCCGCUCAAGUUCCAGGCCGCCCUGGAGUGCCUCAACUUCUGCGACUACAGCCUGGCCAUCAAGGACGGCGUGCACUUCACGCUGUGCGGAGGCACCAUCGCCAAGCUGGGCACCGAGAAGCACCACCCCAUCCUGCGCAAGAUGGACACGCUGGAGCUGCCCGGCUGCUUUGCCAUGACGGAGCUGGGCCACGGGUCGAAUGUGAUGGGCAUCGAGACGACCGCCCAGUACGACCCCGCCACUCGCGAGUUUGUCAUCAACACCCCCAACAACGAGGCCAGCAAGUUCUGGAUCGGCGGCAUGGCGCAGACGGCCAAAGUCAGCGCCGUGUUUGCCCAGCUGACCGUGAACGGCAAGUGGGAGGGGCCGCACGUGUUUGUGGUGCGCCUGCGCGACGACCACGGCGGCCUGAUGCCGGGCGUGCGGGUGGCCGACAACGGGCCCAAGCAGGGGCUGCUGGGCGUGGACAACGGGCAGUGCUGGUUCGAUCACGUACGCGUGCCACGCGACGCGCUGCUGGACCGCUUCUCGCAGGUGGACGCCUCUGGGCGCUACCGCUGCUCCAUUGACAACGUGGCCCAGCGCUUUGGCACCAUGAUUGGCGGGCUGACCACCGGCCGCAUGCUCAUCGCGCAGGCCGCCAUCGAUGCCUGCAAGAUUGGCGUGACCGUGGCGACCCGCUACUCGGCGCGGCGCACGCAGGCGAGCUCCCGCCCUGCCGCCCCCAGCUCCUGGCUGGGCCCUUUUGGCGACCGCGCCAUCCUGGGCUACAUCACCCACCAGCGCCGCCUGUUCAGCGGCCUGGCCACCACUUACGCCAUGCACCUGGCCAUGCUGCACCUCAAGCAGCUGGUCGUGCAGGGCGGUCCCGAGGCGGGCAAGCAGGUGCACGUGGUGUCCAGCGGGCUCAAGGCGGGGUCCACCUGGCACCGCAAGCGCAUCCUCAACGACUGCCGCGAGUGCUGCGGCGGCAUGGGCUUCAUGGCAGCCAACAAGAUUGGCCCGAUGCUCAACGACAUGGAUGUUGACACAACCUUUGAGGGGGACAACACGGUGCUGAUGCAGCAGGUGGCCAAGCCUCUGCUGGAUGCGGCGGGCAAGGCGGGCGCCACGCGGGCGCCGCCACCGCCCGCCGUCAAGCAGCUGGACCUGUGCGCCGCCUGCGUGGGCAAGCUGCUGGCCUGGCGCGAGCAGAUGCUGGUGGCGGGGCUGGCGGCGGACGUGGGGGCCGCGGCGGCGCGCGGCGGCGCGCAGGCUGCUGCCGCCGCCUUUGACGACAGCCUCGACCGCGUGACCACGCUGGGCUGGGCCUGGACCGACCGCUACUCGUUCGACGCCUUUGCCCGGGAGGCGGCCUCGGCGCCGGCCGCGCUGCGGGAGCCCCUCAGCCUGCUGUGCCUGCUGUACGGCCUGUGCCGCCUGGAGGCCGGAGUGGAAUGCUACCUGUCGGCAGGCGCGCUGUCGCCUGAGGCGGUGAAGGCGCUGCACGCGCGGGUGAAUGUGGUGUGCAGGCAGCUGGGCGCGGAGGGCGGGCGCCUGGCGCUGGCGCUGUGCGACGGGUUUGGCAUCCCCGACCACCUGUUGCAGGCACCCAUCGCAAUUGGAGACUGGCGCUCGUUCCAGGGCUGACAGCGAGGGGUCCGUCCUCAGCCAGAAAGAACGCUUAGGAGAGACAACCAAGAGCGCACCAAUUUUGAUUUAGCAUUGGAGUAGUAGCCUUUUAGUGUCUAUUAGCGCGGAAUAGUGCCCCAAUUGCAAGUCCAGACGCG